AUGCCGCACAGCGCGGCAGAGCCCAAGGAGCCUGGAGCAUGCCUGUCAUGUGCUUCCGCCGAUGUGUUGCGCCCAUGGGCGCACCUCGACGUCGGCAAGCUCGAGGUUCAGUUCCAGUCGCAGCCCCCCCCGCCCUCCCCCUCCAUGCCUCCGCGCACGCCCGAGCCUUCCGCCGAGCGCGCCCCCCACCCCGCCUUGUCAUCGCUCUGGGCCAUUCCAGGCUUCGCCGCCGCCGCUUCCGCCGCGGCUGGCGCAGUAGCGGGCGCAGCGGCGGGGGUUUCCAACCAGCUCGGGGACGCAUGGGUCCCCGGCGGCGCGCGGCAGCAGCUGGGCGCGGGGAACGCCCGCGCGGGCAGUUCCGCGGGUGGAGCAGCCGGGGGGAGCGGCAGCGGCGGCGGGUUCGGCGGGUACAGCAGUGGGUACGGCGGGGGAGCGGAGCGGGCGCUGGGGGAGCGGAUAGCGCUGAGUAGCUGGUUGGAGGACGAGGAGAUGCAAGUAGCAGUGACGGAAAAUGCGGAGAUGAUGGCACUGGGUAGAGGCGCCACUCUCAUCAUAUUCGACGGCUUGCCGCUGCCGGACGGACGCCCGCGGCCCGGCAGUCACCCCGACCCAGUGGUGGUGGUACCUGCGUGUGAGCCCGACGAUGCCAUAACGUCUCUCGAGUGGCUUGUCUUCUCCUCCUUUGGCCCGCGCCCCGUGCCCACCCCCCCCGGCCGCCCCCCCGGGUGCUUCUACUGUGUCGCUGUGGGCACUGCCGCGGGGUUCCUGCUCGUCUAUGCCGACUCAGGAGCUCUGCUUCUGAAGCAGAUGGUACACACGGAGCCAGUGGUGCGGGUGCGAGUGCGCGCAGUGGAGGCGGGCAUGGUGCGCAACGAUGGCACACAGGAGCUCUGUAUCGUCACCCGCAACGCCACCCUCAUCAUCGCAUGCACACACCUGCAGUCAUUGCUGCGGCAGCGAGUGCUACAGGUAGACGACACACUCACACUGCACAACCCCCGCGGCCUCGCCUCGCGCCUCGCCUACAUGUCACACGCGCGCCGGCCCCCGCCCACGCGGGACGAGGAGGCGCUCAAGGCGUUUGCAGUGCCGCUCAAAAAGUGGCGCACGGGCAGGGCCGGUACUCAGUGGAGCGACGGCGCUGUGGCUGGGCUCUUCCCCGCCCCGCUCUUCCAAACCCAGGCCCCGAAGCAGUCUCUCUGCAUUGUCACUGUGGGCGUGCACCCUACUAUUGCUGCUUUCGCUGCCACGGAGCAAGGCGGAUGGGUGCAGCUAGCCUCUUCCUUUGCCACCAACGUGCGCACUCGAGCCAAAUCAGCUGCGCUUUCCAUCACACGCACUAUCACCCGCGCACCCCGCCGCAUCCUCUCCAAAACCCUCUCCACCUCUCAAGACCCCUCCAAUUCCUCCUCCGACCCUACUGACCCCUCCGGUCCUUCCUCGGCCUUUUCCCCAGGGUCUGGCUCCCCCACCUCCCGCUCCUCCUCCUCCCUCUCCACCUUCUCGCCAUCCUCCUCCUUGUCCUCUUCCCACGCGGAUGACGACCCGCUGCACCUCUCCCGCCCGGCGCCGCCUGAAGCAGUGGAGCCGGGGCAGGCGAUGGCGGUGGUGGCGGGCUUUAAGGACUCGGUGCGGCAGGCGCAGAGGCUGGCAGUGGCGCCGAGGGGGACUCUCAUGGCGCUGGCGGAUAACCUGGGGCGCGUGCUGCUGCUGGAUACUCAGAUCUUUGGGGUGGUGCGCAUGUGGAAGGGCUAUCGGGAUGCGGAGCUGGCGUUUCUGGAGGUGCCCAUAAUGGGGGGCGCAAUGACGUCCAUGGCAGCAGCAUCGCCCAACGUGCACCUGCUCAUGCUGCGCCCGCGCCAGCUCGCCAUGUGCCUCGCCAUCUUCGCGCCCAGGCGCGAGGUCAUUGAGGUCUGGCAAAUGGUGGGGGGCGGGCGGGUGGCCCUAAUCCGCUGCCCAGCCAACAGCCCAGGGGGAGGAGGGGGGGAGGCGGGAGGGGCUGGGCAGGGGUUGCUGGGCGCAGUAGAGGGGUUACAGGUGGCGAGGCAUAGGGCGUUUGUUCUGGACGGAGCUACAGGGCACCUGUCAGAGAUUCUUCCCACUAUCUCCCUCACUCCUCCCAGCAAGGCCUCUGCAUCAGACGCGUCUCGCCCACACGACUCCCUGACAGAAGCCGAUGUGUUCCAGCGCCUGUGCGACCUGCUCAAGCUCAAGCGCAACGCACGCGCUGCAGCCCAGGAAACCGUGGAGCUGCUGAGAUGGAAAGCGGAGGAGGAGGAGCGGCGAGGCGCAGAGGAGCAGGGCGUGUAUGAGUAUGACGAGGGUUAUCGGGAGCAGAUGCGAAGGAGAGCGGGGCGGGAUGGGGAUGGGAUGGGUGGGGAGAGGGACGGGGGGUAUGAAGGCGGCUUUGGGGGGUUGAGGAUGAGGCUGGGGAUGGGGCUGGGUGCGGGGAGGGGGAGGGACGGGGAUGCGCAGCAGCAGGAGGAGGAGGAUCUGGUGUUGUUGCUGCUAGGCGCGCUCUCAUCCCCCGUGCGCAAGCUACAGGUGCUGGACCUGCUAGUGGCAACGCGCGACUCUCUCUCAGCGCACUGCCACCUGGCAGUGUUAGAAGACGUCCUAACCUCAGUGGAAGACGCAAUAGACUACAACCUCGGCGCUGCACGCGGUGGUGCUCCCGGCAUGGGCCCCCCUCGCCCCCCCGCACUCAACACGUCAUCCCUCCACCCGUCCUCCGGACACUACGACCCUUCGUCGGGUCACUACGACCCGUCUUUGUUCCUCCCCCCUGGACAUGCGGAGAUGGGCGCAGCUGGGUAUAACGGGCGAGGGGCGUGGGCGGGAGCGGGGAUGGGAGGCGGCGGGUGGGAGAUGGCAGGAGGGAUGCAUGGUGGCAUGGGGGGGGAUGGCAUGGGCGGGCACGGGAGGGAGUGGUAUCGAGGUGGGAGCGCUGGGAGGGAGAUGAGUGGGAGCGUGGGGGGAGUGGGGGGAAGUGGAAGCGUGGGAGGCAAGCAGCUGACGCGUGGGAAAAGCUGGGCGAGACGAGUAGAUGAUAAACUGCUGCAGUAUCUGCAGGAGAGGAGGGGGCUGCUGCGCUGGCAGCGCCUGCUGCUGAAGGUCUUUUUGAAGCUAAGGGACGACCAUGAGGAACACUUGGACGAGGAGAGAGCAGAGGACGCCAGGCAGAGGGGAAUGGGAGGAAUGGAGGAGGACGCAAACGGGAGGUGGUACAGGGAGGGCAGUAUGGGGAUGCGAAUGGGCGGCCCUGGUAUGGGGCCUGGGAUGGGGCGGGGGCCGGGGGCAGGGGCGGAUAUGGAAGAGGAUGAGGAGGAAGCGGAGCUGUUCACAUCUGUGAACUGGGAGAGGAGGUGGUUGAGAAGGCCUGGAAUUCAAGGCGGGGGGAAGCGGCGUGUUCUGUCAGAAGCAGAGGAGGCAGCGCUGGUGGAUGAAACAGCAGAGCGUAAAGCACGGUACCAGUCUCUGGUUGCGGAUCUAGGCGCGUGGAUCAACGUGUGUGAGUCUGAAUCUGAGUGCAAUCUCCUCUGGAUGGAAACACAGGAGGUGCGGGCCCGCGUCCCUGCUCCUCCCGCUGCCGCCGCCGCCGCCGCCGCCGCUGCUGCAGACGCCGCUGCUGCUGCUGCCGCAGCUGCCACCGCAGCAGCAGCCGCUCAGGGGACCACAGAGGAAGCGGCAGAAGCACUAGCAACGCCUGGCACCCCGCCUCCGUCUACUAUCAUUGGGGAUGGGUUCACGGAUCUCACCAUCCCUUGGCCGAUAGAGGAAGCCACACCACCCACUCUCUCUUGCAGCGAGUUCCUCCGCUGCUUUGGCUAUGACUCCCGGUGGACGCCCAGGGAGCUUCCAGAGGAUAGGAGGAAAGAGAGGCAGAGGAUCAAGGCUGGAGCUAGCAUUGGGGGCAGUGGCAGCGUUGGGGGCUCAGUCAGGGGGUAUGACAGCGGGUACAGUGGGAUGGAUGGUGGUGGUGGUGGUGGAGGGGGAGGGGGAGGGUACGGCGGCACAGGGAACAGCCGGGGUGGGCGCAAGGGGUUUCAUAGAGGGGGCGCUGGGGCAGCAGGGGAGGAGCGCAGCCACGGUCUCUGGCUGGCGAUAGGCGAGGACGUGAGUGAACUGAGGGCGCUCUCUCACUUCAUCAUGCGGAAUAUGACCCGUGGGGAGGCAGGCACACGGAAGCUAUUCCAGGUGUUGGACGUGGUGGGACUGUCCCGGGAAGACUGGCAGUGCCUGUUCCUGGUGUGGUUCCGGUCAGUCAAGGUGGACGAUUUGCUCUCUGUGGGUCUAGAUGUGCUCAUGGAUGUGAUUCAUUGCAUCGGGUGGUUACGAGAGGAUGAGGACGAGGAGGAGUACGAGGAGAUCAGUAUGCUCGACUCCCCCGGCCCCGCUUCUGCUGCUGCUGCCGCUGCUGCUGCAGCUGCUGGUGCUGCUGGUGUGGGAGCGUCUGGGAGGAGGCAGCAGCAGCAGGGGAGGACGAUUGGGGGGCGAGGAGCACGGUCCAUGCGGGUGGCUCAGCAGCAGCGCGAUCACGUGCCUCCCGGCGGCCGCUUCCCGCUCUUCUUCGGCUGGUGCCAGGUCACAGGAGCAGUGGCGAAAGCACUCUUUAUGGCGCGCCUCUGCGCACAGGUAGCCAAGGAAAACCUGCAGCACAUAGCGUUGGAGAUGGUGCGCGGAGCUACUCCUUCCUCCCGCAGCCCAAGACGACUCGCGCGGCGCUGGACCCACGGCAUGGGAGGGCCUGGGGACAGGGGCAUGGGGAUGCAGUUAGGAGGGGAUGUGGAUCUAGCGCAGGCGCGGGCGGAGGGUGCGACGGUGGCGCGGCGUAUGAAGCGGCUGCAGGAGGAUUCGUUUGUGGAGCAGCGGGGGCUGGAGCAGUGGCUGCAGCUGGCGAAGCAGGUGGACGACGCGUGGAUGCUGGGUCGCGCCAUGCUGCAUAUCACCAAGCUCUCCGCUGCGCAUGGGAUUAUUGUCACACGCUCCCGUGUGCCGUCGGCGGCGGAAGUGUCGUCGUUCCCCGUGCCGCUGUGGGUUGCGAAGCUGCAGCUGCUGAUCUCGCCUGCGUCUGGGGUGGUGAGGCAUCUGCACAUGGCGCUCCUGCAUUCUGUGAAAGAGCCGGCUUCCAUGCGAGAGGUAGGGAUGCGAUUGUUGGAGGAAGCCAAGCAGUUGGAGGCGGAGAGAAUGGGAGAGAAGAAGCGGGCUCCUGCAGCACCGAAGCAGCAGCAGCAGCAGCAGCAGCAGCAGCAGCAGAGCCUGCAGCAGCAGAAGAUCCAGUCGCAGUUGCAGCAGGAGGAGCAGCAGCAGGCGCAGAAUCGCCCGGGGGAGAGAGAUCAGUUGCAGCAGCAGCCGGAGCGGCAGGAGCAGGAGCAGAGGGAGAAGCGGGAACAGAGUCUGGAGAAGCGGCAGCAGCUGCAGCAGCAAUUGCAGAUGGAGCGGUUUAAAGGAGAGGUGAAGCGCGGGGGUAUGGGUGAACGUGCCAAGGCCCGUGCACGGGCCAAGGAGAGGGCGAAGAGAGGAGCAAAAAUGGAGUGGGACGUUGGGACGCUGUUUGGGGAAGAGGAGGAGGAGGAUGAAGAGGGAGGAGAGGGAGGCGAGGAGGGAAGGGAGGGUGAUGAGGGUGCGGGAGAGGGUUCGGGGUUGGGCAGAUUGGAGGAGGUGCAAAGGGAUUCAGAGGUGGGAGGGGGAGGAGGAGGGAACGUGGAGGGUGGAAAGGCAGGUGCAGGAACUGGAGAGAGUGUGGAAAGUGGUGUGGUUGAGAGUGCUGAGGCUCCUCCUCCUGAGGUUGAGGGAGAGCAGAGUGAAGGAGAGAAGAAGAAAGGUGAGGAGAAUGGGAGUGCGGGAGUGGAUGGAGGUGCCAAGGAGGGGGGUAAGGUAGAAGAAGGGGAUGGAUCAGGAAAAAGGGUGGAGGGUGUGGGGAGCAGCAGAGGGGAGGAGGGAGCAUUGGAGGAGGUUGGGGUACAGGGGGCUAAGGAGAAGGUGGAUGAGGAGAAGGGGGGUAAGGAACCGAUGGGAGACGAGCAGGAGAGUGAGGAACAGGGGAGCAAGAGCAGUGCUGACAGGGCAGUUGGUGAUGGUGAUUGGGUGGAGGGAGAAGCAGGCUCAGUGCAGGGCUCAGUGCAGGGGAGUGAACAGCAGGGAAGCGAGCAGCAUGGAAGCGAGCAGCACAGGAGCCUGUCGUUUGGUAGUGAGGGCGAGUGGCGGGCUAACCAAGAAGGAAGAACCUCCAUUGGACGAGGCUCAGUCCGGAGCUCAGGGGGUGGGGACAGGGACAGCGAGAAGAGCAGCGAGCGAGGCAGCGAGCGAGAGGGGAGAGAGGGCGAGAGAGGAGCAAGUGGGGAGGGGAGGUGGUUGGAAGGGGAGCGAGGGGCGGAGAGGGAAGGAGGAGUGAACCUGCUUGCCAGGCCGUCAGGACUGCGAGGGAAAGACGCUGGUGAGUUCAAGGGGAGCAGUAUGCUCCGCGCUAGAAAGCUCCUUCACAGGGAUUCGCAGCAUUCUUCCAGUGGUGGUGGUGCCGCUGCUGCUGCUGCUGCUGGUGCUGCUGCUGGUGGUGGUGCUGCUGGUGCUGGUGCUGCUGAUGGUGGUGCUAGUGGUAUACAGCCCAGCAACAGCAGCAGUGCUGCGUUUUCGCCGUCAACAGUUGGAGAUCUUCCAGAGAGCCGGGAGGGGGACAGCGUGGGGGACAUGCCCUCCACGCCCAGCAAUGACAGCAGGUCGGAACGACGAGGAGAGGCGGAGGAACAUGGCUCAGGCAUGGGGAUGGGGGGUGCAGGCAUGGGGCAUGAGGGCAUGGGGCACAUGGGGGGGCAUUACGGACCCGAGGAUAGGUAUGACGGGCGUCCCCAAGGAGGCUUUGAGACCUAUGAGGAGCAGGAGCGGUGGUAUGAGAUUGCUGAGAUGGAGGCUGAGAGGGAGCGUGUGCGGGAGCGAGAAAUGGAGCUGGAGCGAGAGAGGGAGAGGGAGAGGGAGCGCGAGUGGGAGAGGGAGCGGGAGAGAGUGAUAGAGCAGCAAAUGGCGAUGGCCCGAGAGAUGGAACAGGAGAUGUUGAAGGCGCAGGAGGCAGCGAGAGCAGCAGAAGAAUCGAUUGAAGCACAGGCUGUAGCCGAGGCUGUGGAGCUGCUGAAAGAGUUACUUGUGCGCUUCUCUGUGACCUGCAACUUGGAUAUCCUCGCCGCUCAUCGGUCCCUGGAACUUUGCCGCCAGUGGACCCAGAUGGUCCCUCUCGACCGCACCGCACCGCUCCCAGCCACUGGCCCCGGCGGGAUUCCGCUGAGUCUGGUGGUUUCGCACCCGGUGAGAGGGUUCGAGGUGGAUAUGAACGACCUUCUGUAUUUCACGUAUGAGCACGCGUCCACGCUGUCGACCGUGGCGUUAAAGGGCGGCGUGGUGUGUAGCAUGUGGGGGCCUAUGAUCGGCCCGCGCGCUGCUGCUGCUGUGUCGCUGCUGCAGAAGCUCAGGCGGGCACCCACUGAUGAGGAGAGCGCCAAGGCUACUGGCCUCGGCGGGGCAUCAGUGUCAGAAGCAGCAGGAGCCGUGGGAGCAUACGAGCAGCUGCUAGUCCUGCUCUUCGACUGCUCGCUGCUCUCAGAGCUCGGGGAGAACACCGACCGGGGCAGCCGGGAAACCGACGCGUUCAUAGCAGCGCGCGACGCCACGUGCCGAGAAGCCAUCUCCGAUUUCCGGCAGUCCGCCCCUGCGAGUGACCGAGUACAUGCGUACAUGCUGCUGCUGCGUGUCGUGGGAAUAGCGCUGGCUCUUAAUGUGGACUAUGUGCCGCUCGGCAGCAUGUUUCCGCCCAGCCUGCUCACCAGUUUCCCUACGCUGCGGUCGGAGCCACUGUCCGAGGCAGAGGCGACAGUAGACAGCAAGCGCAUGGAGGCACGACUGCAGUUCCUGCUAGCAGUCAUUCUCGCCCAGCACCGCCAGGCUGCCGCUGCCACUGCCGCUGCUGCCGCUGCCACUGCCUCUGCCGCUGCUGCUGCCACCGCUGCUGCCGCUGCUUCUGCCGCCGCCACUGCUGCUGCGAACGUGCAACAGCAGGCCUUGCUCCCUGCUCCUGAUUCGAGCUCAGAUGCUGCUGCUGCUGCUGCUGCUGCUGCUGCGGGUGGUGGUGCAGGGGCCAUGCCCCUUGCUGCCCUAGGCCAUGAGCCUGGACCAUCUGGCAUGGGCAUGGGGGCAGGCAUGGGAGAUGCAAUGGCUAUGGGGGGGAUGGGCAUGGGUGGCAUGGGCAUGGGGGGCAUGGGCAUGGGUGCUGGCAUGGACAUGGGUGGUAUGGGGCAAGGCAUGGGCAUGAUGGGUAUGGGUCCUGGUAUGGGGAUGACCCAGGAGAUGUAUAUGGCUCAAGGCAUGCACAUGGGCAUGGGUGGCGGUAUGCCGAUGGGCGGAGAUAUGGGCAUGGGCAUGUAUCCGGGUAUGGGCAUGCAUCCUGGCAUGGGCAUGCACCCUGGCAUGGGCAUGCACAUGGGUGCAGGCAUGGGCAUGGGUCCUGGAAUGGCUCCUGGCAUGGGCUAUCCUGCAGGUGGGAUGGAUGGCAUGGGCAUGAACAUGAACAUGAACAUGAACAUGCACAUGGGCAACAUGGGCAAUAUGGGCAUGGGAGGCAUGGGACCCAUGGGCGGCAUGGGAGGCAUGGGAGGCAUGGGGGGAAUGGCUGGUAUGGAUGGUACAGGAAUGCCCCCAGCAGCACCUGUCCCAGCAGCAGCAGCCCCAGCCAAGGCGCAUGCGCAUCGGCUGCGGGUCUACGAAGCUCGGUACCGAGCCGCAUCCGCGUUUGCCCUAGCCAAUGACCUGGGUGUGCCACAUGACGAGCUGCGGCGCCGCCAGGUGGCUCUCAAGUAUCUCAAGCAAUAG